AUGCUUUUCUUCGCUCACGAACCAAAAAAUAAGUUUUCAGUCUAUUACUUUUUUCUUUUUUUGUUUCUUUCUUUCAUCUUUCUUUGUUUCUUUCUUUCUCUCUCUGUCUCACUAUCUAUCUAUCUAUCUAUCUAUCUAUCUAUCUAUCUUCCCUGUAUAUAUCUCUGGCUUUCUCUAUAUACGAGUCUUUUUUCAUUGCUUUCUUUUCUUCUGUUUCCACAUUUUCUCUUUUUUUUGUUUUUUUGUUUUUUAUUAUUUCUUUUACUUUCAUUUUUUCUUUUCAGUUUUCUUUCUUUUUUCACUUCUUCAUUUCCUUUCUUUUUUUUUUCUUUUUUUUACUCUCCUUAUCUAAGUUUAUUCGUUGUGUCAAUUCAUAUCAAUUUACUGUUCAUAUCUCUUUAUACAUAUGUAUACAUUAAUCAAUCGAACAUAUCCUUUCUUUCUUUCUCAUUUUAUCGAUCUAAAUACCUAUCUCCUUCCUUCCUUCCUUCUAUCUAUCUAUCUAUCUAUCUAUCUAUCUAUCUAUCUAUCUAUCUAUCUAUCUAUCUAUCUAUCUAUCUAUCUAUCUAUCUAUCUAUCUAUCUAUCUAUCUAUCUAUCUAUCUCACUACGCUUGGAAAUUCGAUAUAUCUACCUGUUUAAACAUAUAUAUUUCUUUUUCUUUCUUUCCCAUUUUAUCUAUGUAAAUACCUAUCUUGUUCCUUUCAUUAUCUAUCUAUCUAUCUAUCUAUCUAUCUAUCUAUCUAUCUAUCUAUCUAUCUAUCUAUCUGAUUCCAUCUGUCUUAUUCGCAUCUAUCUAUCUAUCUAUCUAUCUAUCUAUCUAUCUAUCUAUCUAUCUAAUUGCAAACGAAAUGCGUCGAACUGUGUCUAUGGGAAAAUCCGGUCUCGUUCCAACAUGCCCUUAUAA